AUGGCACAAGUGACGGCUUAUGUUGACUUGUGCACGCGUCUGUCGCGUUUCGUGCAGCUCCAGCCAAGUGCCGAUCUCAACAAAGAGCUGCAGAUGGUCAUGGAAGACUUGGUGAAGCUAUAUGAACACUUGGGUUCAUCUCCGCUUACUGAUAAAGUGCCAAUCGAUGCACCACUCGUGGGUCUCGCAGCGAUGGAUGAUUUGGUGAUGCACUCACUGCACAGACUGCUGGGCUCUUUUAUACGAAAUUCACACUCGCUAGUGCUUCAGGAGAUCUCUUUUGGAGUUUUUGCUCGCGUGGUUCGACGCUGCAAGCCUCGGAUGGUAAGCGAUCGUCCUGGACAAGUGCAGCGGCACCUGACCUUCGUGCAGACCUGCGUGUUGUAUCUGCCGUCACCGCCAGAAGCUGCUCUGGAUAAGGAUGAAAUCGGAUUCGAUCCCGUGACUCUUUCCUCUCAGUCGGAGGAGCUGAGACUUGCUAUUCUGCAGAGUCUAUGGGAGCUGUUGAAGGAACCAGAGAAAGAGAAGCAGAUAGUGCAACUUCAAGUGGACGAACAGCUCUUCUUUGCAUACGCAGUGGCAUCCUUGUUGCAUGUCGCUCAAACCGGUCGAUGCAGAGAGGUUGCGUUGAAAGCUAUCGAAGUGCUGAAGUGUGUCUUCUUGUUCGUUCGCGACCCGCCCACAUUGCGGCAAUACUUGCCUGGUGUCGUUGCUGGAUUGUGGAAAAGUGCAAACGCACCGCAUCAAGCGUCGAAGGUGAUCGUUGCGGCGUUGCAGUGUCUUUCCCUGGUUCUAGAUAUGUGCAUUAGUGAUGGACUUUUGCCAGGAGGCAGAAAGCAAAAGCAGGAGCAAAGAUUUACACUCGAAGCAAUCCGACAUUCUGUUAGCAAGAAUGGCACGGAAAAGGAAAUUACGACAAAAACAAGUGACUCAGUCAACGUGCGGUCAAGUGAAGACGAGAAAUGGAUAGAGGAAGCUGCCACGAACAUGGACAUGUUGUUCACACGAAUGUUCGCCGCGAGUGCCACGGCUUUUGCCGCAGAUGGCACCAAGACAGGACUACCGCGCUCUUCCUGGCGAGUGCGCUGUGCACUUGCGCAACUUUGCGGUACUGUGAUGCUCCAGUGUCGACGUGGGCUCCGCGUUUCCUUCUUUCGAUGUUAUGACGAGCUUCUGGUUCUUCGCGGUGACGUGAUUCCGGAGGUUUCUCAGGAAGCCGAUAAGGUGCUCCAAAAGCUACACACGUCGUCUUUGUCGUUGGAAGAGCGAUUACAAGUGCUACCAGAGAUGGCUGAUCGUUUCCAAAUGCUGCUUUCUACGCUUGUGCUGAAGGUUGCUACAGAACAUGAAGCCACAAAGAUGCACUUUGUGCGCACACUUCGGGGAUACGUGGAAUUUCUUGGAUCCAGUCUCACCCCGUAUCUUGACGCAUCUAUGGAAAGCAUUUAUACUUCCCUAUGUCGCGUCGUGUCAUUUGCUACGCUUGACAUUGCGUUGAUAUCUCAUCAGUCGCUGCCAACUUUGACCGAGGCUAGUGGAAGCAGUAAUAGUAGUACAGCGCGAGUCGUGGUCGCUCAGUUUCAAAAACGAUUGCGCUUUUUCAAUGAAGAGGUCUCAGUCCGCGAGGUAUUGGCGAUGGUGCGUGAGAUCGGUGCCGUGUUGACGCCAGCUGGCUUUAUUGACUGCGCCUUUACGCUACUAUCCGAUGCAAGCGUGGUGUCUACGCAAGCCAGUGAAGUUGUGCUGGUUUUAAACGAAUUCUUACGGGCAUACUGCCCAAACAAGGAAAAUAAGGUUCAUUCGGAUCAUCGAGUGAUAGAUGUUCAUCUUACCGGACGCAUUCUAGAGGACUUACUGGCGCUGAAUGCAUGGGAUGAGCAUUCUUCGCAAGCCUCGAACUGUGCUUCCAGUAAAGUACUUGUGUCUCAACGUGCGUUUAUGGUGGAGUGCGUUGGCGUAUGUGCGGAAAUUCUCGGCGUCGAGUUCAAAGUGUUUUUACUCCAUGUUCUUUACCCAUUGGUCGAGCAACUUGGAUCACGCAGCGUCGAAGUAGAGCGUGCAGCGCUGGUUGCGUUGGAGAAAGUGUAUUUUUUCACCGGCUAUGAGUCUCUUGAGGCUCUUUUCCAAGUCAAUAUGGACUACUUUGUGGACGCGCUAUGUGCUCGGCUUGAGCAAUUGGAUACUUAUCCUAUGACCGCAUUUGUCGUUGACGCUCUGCUGAAGCACACGCGAUUGGCAUCCUUGCCUUUAGUAGAUGAGGUGGCAACGUCGUUGCUUCGGAGUGUUGAUGUGUAUCAAGACUCGUCUCACAUCGGCGGUUUGCUGCGUGCACUGAAGGCUCUACUUGGUAGCAUUGCGCGUGACGUCCGAGAAGUCGAAGAUGACGCAGUGCAUACACUUGGUGAUGAAGACCUGGAAGAACCAGCGGCGUCUCGGUCGCUUCUGGACGACUUUGUCCAUGAACUGAAGGUGUUAGAAAAUUGCGGUAUUGGCAUUCUAACUGAGGAUGCCGACAAAGAGGUGGAGCCCGGUCUUGAGAAAAAGGACCUUGUGAGUGUGAAAGCUGCUCUGCCCUUGGAGUACGAUGAUAUUCAAUCUGAGCGCAAGGAUGGCGAUCACGAUAAUGAGGCAGAUAAUACAGCCGUAUCAGGCCACGGCACUCUGGUCAUCGAUAUCGUCGAUCGGUGUGGUUAUUUUCUCGUGGAAUCGGAUCCGAUCGCUUGCUGUUUGGUUUUGUCCUUGAUUGAUGAAGGUGUGCGAUUUCUUUCGAGAUACCGAAAACAGUUAUGGCCUCUUAUUACACGCAUGUGGCCCGAGUUGCUGUCCCGACUACGAGUGGAUAACCGUGCUAUCGUCACUAGCACGGUGCGUGUCAUCACCACCGUGGCAGAAGCAGCAGGCGAUUUCGUGGGAACCUACUUUGUUGAGAAGGUGUGGCCAAUUCUUCGAUCACAACUUCAGUCCAUUUGUUUCGACUCAGACGCGAAGUCGCCACAGCUCACGCGGUCAAUGCUAUUGCUCCUGAAACCUCCUAGUGAAGACCCAUGUGCCGUGGAUGCUCAAUCAUCUCGAUCGCGUAUUGACGUGCAGACACCAGCAGGUGACGAACCCGAUUCUGUGCGCGGAGUACGGAAAACACAGGAAGUCCACCAACUGCUAGCGAUUCUAUCGUGUUUGACCAUGGCAUGCCAGCAAUCAAAGACGAUGACCCCGCUUGUGCCCGAAAUUACCCGCAUGUGCUACAAGUAUCUUAGUUGUUCAGCACCACAAGAGGUCGUGGAACAAACCUCAGAGCUCGUCGCAGCGCUAGCGCAGUUGAACGGUGACGAAGUGUUCUGUUCAGUAGCAGCACUUGCUCACCGGGUUCCACCGUCGCCGCCAAGUGCGCGUUUCUCUGGAUAUCAAGCGGGCGUAGUUGAGCAGUUCCAUCAAAAUCAUUUCUCGGGGCAAAGUGGACAGACCAAGACUUGUCGCGACAACGCUCGCAUGUUGAUGAAUCGCUUGUUUGAAUGA